GAAACUUCAGUUCUCGGCAUCCUGUUUUUCUGGGUUUUGUGCCUCUCUGCCUCGCCACAAUGAAGACGUUUGAUGCGAACGACUUGUAUCAGGGGCAGAAUUUCAACAAGGUCCUCAGCUCCUUGGUGACUCUAAAUAAAGUAACAGCAGACAUUGGCCUGGGAAGUGACUCCGUGUGUGCCCGGCCCUCAUCUCACCGGAUAAAGUCCUUCGACUCCCUGGGAUCCCAGCCUUCGCACUGCCGGACUUCAAAAUUGUUCCAGGGCCAGUACCGGAGCUUGGACAUGACGGAUAACAGCAGCAGUCAGCUGGUAGUACGAGCCAAGUUUAACUUCCAGCAGACGAAUGAAGACGAGCUCUCCUUCUCGAAAGGAGAUGUCAUCCACGUCACGCGAGUGGAGGAGGGGGGCUGGUGGGAGGGCACGCACAACGGCAGGACCGGCUGGUUCCCCAGCAACUACGUGCGCGAGGUCAAGUCCAGCGAAAAGCCCGUGUCACCCAAAUCCGGAGCCUUGAAGAGCCCUCCCAAAGGAUUUGAUACGACUGCCAUUAACAAAAGCUAUUAUAAUGUGGUGCUACAGAACAUUUUGGAAACAGAAAAUGAGUAUUCUAAAGAACUCCAGACUGUGCUUUCAGCCUAUCUACGGCCACUGCAGACCAGUGAGAAGUUGAGUUCGGCAAACACUUCACAUUUAAUGGGAAAUCUAGAAGAGAUAUGUUCUUUCCAGCAGAUGCUCGUACAGUCUUUAGAAGAAUGCACCAAGGUGCCGGAAGCUCAGCAGAGAGUCGGAGGCUGCUUUCUAAACCUGAUGCCGCAGAUGAAGACCCUGUACCUUGCGUACUGCGCCAACCACCCGUCGGCAGUGAGCGUCCUCACGGAGCACAGUGAGGAGUUGGGAGAGUUCAUGGAGAUGAAGGGCGCCAGCAGCCCGGGCAUCCUCGUGCUGACCACCGGCCUCAGCAAGCCGUUCAUGCGUCUGGACAAGUACCCUGCGCUGCUCAAGGAGCUGGAGAGACACAUGGAGGAUUAUCAUCCAGAUAGACAAGACAUUCAGAAAUCUAUGACCGCCUUCAAAAACCUUUCCGCCCAGUGCCAGGAGGUGCGGAAGCGGAAAGAACUGGAGCUGCAGAUCCUGACGGAGGCCAUCCGGAGCUGGGAGGGGGACGACAUCAAGACCCUGGGCAGCGUCAUUUACAUGUCCCAGGUCCUGAUUCAGUGUGCCGGGAGCGAGGAAAAGAAUGAAAGAUACCUUCUACUCUUCCCAAAUAUUUUGCUAAUGUUGUCUGCCAGUCCUAGGAUGAGUGGUUUUAUAUAUCAGGGAAAGCUGCCAACGACAGGAAUGACGAUCACAAAGCUUGAGGACAGUGAAAAUCAUAGAAACGCGUUUGAAAUAGCAGGGAGCAUGAUUGAGCGGAUCUUGGUGUCCUGCAACAACCAGCAGGACCUCCACGAGUGGGUGGACCACCUGCAGAAGCAAACGAAGGUCACGUCUGUGGGAAACCCCACCAUCAAGCCUCACUCUGUGCCGUCUCAUACUCUCCCCUCCCACUCCAUCACCCCGUCCAGCAAGCACGCUGACAGCAAGCCAGUGCCGCUGACGCCCGCCUACCACACGCUGCCCCACCCCUCCCACCAUGGCACCCCUCACACCACCAUCAACUGGGGUCCCCUGGAGCCUCCGAAGACCCCCAAGCCAUGGAGCCUGAGCUGCCUGCGACCCGCACCCCCACUCCGGCCCUCGGCGGCUCUCUGCUACAAGGAGGAUCUCAGUAAGAGCCCCAAGACCAUGAAGAAGCUGCUCCCCAAGCGCAAACCUGAGCGGAAGCCUUCGGAUGAGGAGUUCGCCCUGAGGAAAAGCACGGCUGCGCUGGAGGAAGACGCCCAGAUUCUGAAAGUCAUCGAGGCUUACUGCACAAGCGCCAAAACGCGGCAGACGCUCAAUUCAACAUGGCAAGGCACUGACCUGAUGCAUAAUCACGUCUUGGCUGACGACGACCAGUCAAGCCUAGACUCCCUGGGUCGUCGCAGCAGCCUUUCCCGCUUGGAGCCUUCAGACCCCUCGGAAGACUCUGACUAUGACAGUAUAUGGACAGCCCAUAGUUACAGGAUGGGUUCUACAUCUCGUUCUCGCAAAGAGUCAGCACCACAGGUUCUGCUUCCCGAGGAAGAGAAGAUCAUAGUGGAGGAGACGAGGAGUAACGGGCAGACGGUGAUAGAAGAAAAGAGCCUCGUUGACACUGUGUACGCGCUGAAGGACGAGGUCCAGGAGUUAAGGCAGGACAACAAGAAGAUGAAGAAGUCUCUGGAGGAGGAGCAGCGAGCCCGCAAGGACCUGGAGAAGCUGGUGCGGAAAGUUCUCAAGAACAUGAACGACCCUGCUUGGGAUGAGACCAACCUCUGAGGGGCGUCCUCGCCUCUUUCCUGAAGACCAGUCACGGCCGGCCAGAGCCCCGGGACCCCGUGGUGCGACAUUUGGGGCCGCAGGGCGGGGCUGGACCAACGCCCACCUGCGUUCUGUGCGAGGAAAGCCGGAGUCCGACUCGUGCAGAGCACGGCCACGCCGUUCUGAAGCAUCGUGAGGUAGAGACACUGAGGGCCGGACGGUGAGACUCCUGCUCUGCUGACGCCUCCGUACCUCGUUUUGCAAUAAGCACGGCGACGGACUGCAAGCCUGGUCUGUCAGGCCUCGUGGAAUAUACAUAAAUGUCACGCACGCGUUUCCUGUAAAUGCUCUCUUCUGAAUGCAUAUCCGUGGUGGUUGAAUCUGGGCCUUUGCUGGUGCCAGAAUCUCCUUCCACCAGGCUCAGUGGUCCCGCGCACGGGGGGGUUGAGCUCAGGCACCCGGGAGUCCGGCGUGUCUCCCUGCGGGGGCGCAGGUGAUUCGGGGAGACGCCUGGUUGUCCAGCCCCGCGUGUCCGUGGGGCUCUGAGACACUUACCACGCCAGCCUGGCCGGGCAGUUCACCUCGUUGGUACCUGCACGAUGCCGUCAUCCCACAUGAAAGUCCCCAGGGAAGGCAGUGUCGCAGGCGGCGGUGCGCAGGGCUCUGGGCCUCAGCCCCGGACCGGAGGAGCCAUGCCCGCCGCCAGGUGCUCAGCGGCAGGUGCGCCCGCCCCUGACAUGGUGAGCUUCGGAGCGCGUCCCCCGCUGGGGAUCAGAGGACCUGACGUGUGGGGUGGUCUGACGCUUGACAGGGCCCACAGCUUUGCCCUCCCCCGAGAGGGCGAGCUUCACUGGAGCCUGUAAAUAACAUGUGCUAUUUAUCCACAUCGCUGGGGCCUGAGGACCCGAGGCAGGCUGGGCGCUGUUCCUCUGAGGCCUGCUCCGCCCUCAGGCGCCUGCGGCUGCAGGGAGGUACUUUCGCUCUGGCAGGAACAAAGCAAUAAACGUCUCAGAUUCCCCUCGGUGAGGGAAGUUGAAACGCAGGCCCCUCCCUCCCAGCCCCGCCGCCACGUCCAGAUGGCAGAGGAGAUGGGGGAGACCCCUCUGGGCUGGGGCUCCAGGACCCUCCGUGUCCAGUCAGGAAACC